AAGCGCGGAGGUUUCCGUCCGGGACAAAAUGUCAGCGAGGCGCCUGGAGGGGGAUCGGCCGUCCCGGACUCCCGACCCGCCGCCGGCUCCGGCCGCGCUUCGCGGGUGACGGGCGUGCGGGCGUCGCAGAAUGAGGAGUGACGAGCCGGCCUGCAUCAUGGACGAGGCCAGCGGGCGGGACGACGCUGCGGCGCAGGGCGGUCGGUGUCCGGGACUGGGGCCGGCGCCGACGCCUCCCGGCCGCCUGGGGGCGCCGUACUCCGAAGCCUGGGGCUACUUCCACCUAGCCCCGGCGCGCCCCGGGCACCCGUCGGGCCACUGGGCCACCUGCCGUCUGUGCGGGGAGCAGGUGGGCCGCGGCCCGGGCUUCCACGCGGGGACCUCGGCGCUGUGGAGGCACCUGAAGAGUGCGCACCGGCGGGAGCUGGAGAGCAGCGGCCCCCGACGCUCGCCACCGGCCGAGCCCUGCCCGCCGCCAGCCGGUCCUGCCGCGGCCCCUGAGGGCGACUGGGCGCGCCUGCUGGAGCAGAUGGGCGCGCUGGCCGUGCGCGGCAGCCGGUGGGAACGGGAGCUGGAGCGGCGCGAGGCGGCCGUGGAGCUGGGCGAGCGCGCCCUGGAGCGGAGGCGGAGGGCGCUGCAGGAGGAGGAGCGCGCCGCGGCCCAGGCGCGCCGGGAGCUGCAGGCCGAGCGGGAGGCGCUGCAGGCGCGGCUGCGGGAGGUGAGCCGCCGAGAGGGCGCCCUGGGCUGGGCUCCAGCCGCGCCACUGCUGAAGGACGACCCCGAGGGGGACCGGGACGGCUGCGUUAUCACGAAGGUUCUCCUGUAGGGGACUGACCACUUCCCAACCCCAGGCCGUCUCUUCUCCUACCUACGCCUUAGCCCCCGCUGGGACCGGGACCGAGGCCGAGCCCGCAGCUGCUACCCACUCGGAAGCUCCCGCUAACUGUAGGGCUUUCCACGCCCUAAGGCUUCAGCUUAAGAAGCAUUUCGAAGCCAAAGCAGAACCAAAACUCACUUCCACGGGGUCACCUGAGGUGCCUGGGUAGUCUUUCGUGGGCAUGCAUCCAGAGGAUGGGGUGGCACGUGGGACACUGGAGAGCUCCAGCAGCUCCAUGAACCCACACCACCCAGUGUCAUGACGGCUUAGGGCUGGGAACCUGAACCUGGUGACUUUGAAAGGAUAGAACUUCAUUCCGUACCAAAGACUUAUCAUACCACGUGCCUAUACACCCAGCCCAAGGUAGAGGUGCUCGGAAAUGAGAAAGCUUUUUACCCCAAAAAAGAGUUCCUAAUGCAUAAUCUGCCCAACACCAAGUUCUGAAGGGGGAAGAGGGACACAUCCCCUCUAGUUUCCAUGACUGCUCUAGACCCGCAUCAUCUCUAGCCCUCUUCGGGGCAGUCCCAGAGAGCCCCCCUUUUUAUUCCCCGUUAUUCAACCAAUACCAGGUGCACUCUGUCUCCCCUCGGCCAUCCUUUCCUUGGUUCUGACCCAAUGGCAAGUGUGGCACCUAUGUCCACUUUCGGGCCUCAUAUCUGCCACCUUGGCAAGACAUCACCUCAUCCCCUUGUCACUAGGAAGAGCGGUUUCUUCCCCACAUGUCGUCAUAGUCCUCACCUCUGGGCCAAGGGAGAAAGCAACCCUCCCACUUAAGGUCACAUCUUCCUGUCAUUUUCCAUACCAUUCCUCUGCCACGUUUACUGGGUCUUUCCUCCUGUUAUUCCCCAUUUCUCUGUCUCAAUCCCUCCCUUUCCCCCAGGCUCUUCUUCCUCAGCAAUGCUCAGUCUCCCUUUCUUACUGAAAAGACUCAGUCGGGAAAGGCCAACAAGUCCUUGCCACCUAUACUUCCUCCUGUUUUUACGCCUUCACUCUGCGUCAGUUUUCUAUGCUACACUGGACUAUUUCCAAGCUGCCACAAUCUCCCAGUGACCAAAUAAUGAUGGUCUGUUUGCUGUCUUCAUUUUGCUUAAUCUCUCCCUUCUUGAAAUUGCUCCCUUGGUAGGUGGAUCCUGUUUUCCUCCAAAUAAUUCCUUUUCCUGUUGUGUACUGGUUGUCAGUUUUUCCACAGGCCUCUUUUUCUCAUUUUUUUAAUAUUGAAAAAUUCCACACAUUCAGAAAAAUUUGAAAGGCUAGCACAAUGAAUACUAAGAUACAUACCCUCCACCUGGAUUGAAUGGUUGCUAACAUUUUGCCAGAUUUACUGUUCUUUCCACCUCAUGCAUGUGUACAUAUAAUGACAUUUCACCCCUGUUUCCUCACAGAUUUCCUGAGAACAAAGACAUGCCUAAAAAUAUAAACAGUAACUUCUUUAUAGCCUCUAAUAUAGCGCCCUUAAUCAGUGUUCAACAACUGUCUCCGGAAUGUUUGUCUUUUAAAAAAAAACAAAACACCACCAGGUCAAAUCAAGGCUCAUACAUUCUUUUGGUUUCAACUCUGUCGUCAGUUAUAGUCUAGAACAACCCCAACAUAUUUUCCCAUGACACUUUUGAAGCAUCCAGGCCAGCUGUCUUAGCAAAUGUCCUCUAUUCUGGAUGUGUCUGAUUGCUUCCUUAGGCCUAUGUCUACACUCCACUUGUGGCACAUCUCCCUGCAGAGUUGUAAUCUCCUCUGGGCCAGGGACUGUUGAAUAUCUCCGGGCCGAGUGUUCUCCCCGGGCCUGGUCCUUCAUGCCCAAACCCUUGCUGCAUGUCUCCACCCGUCCUUGCACAUCCUGCCUCUACAAGUAGGAGGGCCAAAUCUAUUCAACCCCACAUCCCACCCCUCACCUGAUAACUAGCAUCUACUGGGCACUAACAACGUAUCGGGCACAUACUACACACUUAACAUGCAUUAAUUAUCUCAUUUUACUCUCACACAGCAGCUCCAUGGUAACACUGCUAGCUUUACAGCUAAGGAACUAAGCUAGAAAGGGGUUCAGUAGCCUGUGCAAGACCACAGCUGGCCAGCGGAAGUGGGAUCCCACUGUAGACAGUCUCCCGCACAGAUGCCAUGCUGCCACUGUACCGCCAUGUUCUACUUUGAGAGAGCUCUGCUUCCCUCAGUCUAUGCAGGUGACACCUGUUUCCUUCCUAACUCCAACUAAUUAAUUCCAGUUAAUUGAGUUGACUGGAAUUAGUGACAUUAAUAUUUACUGAGCAUUCAGUAUGCAUCAUCAGAGGUGUGCUAAAUGCUUUACUACAACAAUUACCUGCCAUGAAGCAACCCCAUGACAUAGGUGCUACUAUGCCCAUUUUGUAGAUGAGACAAGUUCAGGGGAGUUAGUAACACCUUCAAGUCAUACAGCCGCUAAGAAUCUGUGUGGGGUUUGAAUGCUGGGUGCCUGCUCUGCUAAGUCUAUUUGUACAAAAUACUGCACUGCCUUCCUCAUGCCUGCCAAGCCCAUUUUAUCAUGCAUCUUCCCAUCCUUGUUUCGCCCAACUGUCCCUUACCUGAGUCACAAUUUGGCCAAAGCCAAAGGGAUUGUCCUAGGCCAAUAUUGAUUUAUUGUAUAACUCUUCCUGCCCAAAAGCCUUCAAGAUCACCUGUCAAUCACCUCCUUAUUAGAGUGCAAGCUCUGACUCUGUCACGUGACAUUCAAGUCCCCCUCGACCCCCAUGCCAGUCUUAUUGUCCCCUCCCCUACAUAUGCUCUAUGCUCCAGCCAAAUUGGACUCUGUUCUUCCUGACAUGACCUGGUAUUGGCAACUCUAUGCCUCAAUUUGCCUUCCCUCCACUUUAAAAAGCCCCUUCAGUCUCUUGGUACAAAAAAAGAAAAAUCCCACCCAUUUUCUAAAACCACGCUUUCCUUGAUUUACUCUCAUGUGACGACAUUUCUUACUUCUCUGGUCUCCUAGCAUUUUAUGUCCCACAACCCUCAGGACAGGUCAGCUAGUGUAUGGCUACGGGUUUGUAUCUUACCUCCCCUGCCAGACCCUGAGCCCUUGGGGGAAGUAUACUUACCCCACUCCCACAGUGCCUUGCAGUCCAUAACUGCUCAAUACAUAUUUGAGGUGCUGAACCCAUUCAGUGUUGAAGAUUUUUACAAGUUAGUUUUCCUGUAAUUAUUAAUAUAAUCAUUUAUCUUUAAUUCUGAGUAAAAAAACAAAUAGCUUAAAAGGAAAUAAUUUUUUAAACUGUUUAGUCAGUAAAGAUUUAAUGCAUCAGUUAUUGGGCUGUUUGGUUUGAAUCCAAUCAAUCAACUAUUCUGGUAUGUAAAUGUACUUUGUUAUUAUACAAAUAACACUAAAUGUAUUGCCUCAAUCUAGGAAGAAUAGAAAAAAUACCCCAAAGUCCUGUCACCUCUUUAAAACUGCUAUUCACAUUUUAAUAGCAUUUAAUCUUUUGUCUUUUGCAAUUUUUACAUUACUCUAGUAAUAGUUAAAUUAUUUUCAAGUAUUGGAAUUUAACUUCUCCAUAUGGACUUAUAAGUUGAGCUAGAUGAUCUGAAUUUCCUGUUUAGAAGGAAAAAAAAAAAAAAAACCUUCCACAAAUGUUAAAUCUUCUAUUUCAUCAAUUGUAAAAACCAUUAAAACAUAGCAAAGAUUUA